GGCAUGCACAUAUCUUUUAAGUACAACGAAACAUCCUUUUUCUACAAUCACUAAUUAUCAUCAGAAGUUAUACAAAAGCUUGUGGUGGUGAUUAUCGCCACUUCAAAAUUCAGAAACAAGAAAGAAAUUAACCAUGGGAGCUGAAAUUUCAACCCCCAAGCAAGCAAAUACACCAGUGUUGGAGACCAAACCAUCGACGAUAUUUGAACGAAAGACAUCUCAGCUCACAGAGGUCCACUCUAAAAAACUAUGGAAGACUCGCUUUCAUGCCUCGAAAAAUACUAAUACACUGGUGGUGAUUGAUUUCACAGCUAGCUGGUGCGGACCCUGUAAGUUGAUGGAACCCACCAUUAAAGACUGUGCUGCCAAGUUCACAGAUAUCGAGUUUUUCAAGAUCGAUGUCGACAUGUUAGGGGAUGUGGCUGAGGAGUUCGAAGUUGAUGCAAUGCCGACGAUUGUUCUCAUGAAGAACGGCGAAGAACUUGAUAGGGUGGUCGGAGCCAAGCCCGGCGAGUUACUGCAGAAGAUUGAGAAACACAGGGUUUAAUCACACCAUCAAACUCUUUUUUCCUCUCAUGUACAUAUAUAUAUUUAUACUGCUGGCACAGAGUAUAUGUAUGUAUGGUUUAUAGAGGACGAGAGAGAGAGAGUGAUAGUAGCAUCGAUCCUUCGACAAGUUUCAAUUUAAUAAAAUGAUGUAUGCAUUUUAUCUUGGAAUAUUAUAUGUUUUGACUCA